AGCCGAGUCGUCGGGCGCGGAGGGCGCCGGAGCGGCCGUGGCGGCCAUGGCGGGCCUGGAGGUCCUGUACGCGUCGGCCGCGCCCUCGCUCAGCUGCGCGCAGGACGCGCUCGUCUGCUUCCUGCACUGGGAGCUGGUCACGCACGGCUACUCCGGCCUGGGCGCUGGCGAGCAGCCAGGUCCCAGCGAUAAGAAAUCAGAACUUCUGCCUCCCGAGUGGAACAGCAACAAAGACCUGUAUGUCCUCCGGUAUGAGUCUAAGGAUGGGUCCAAAAAACUCCUCCUGAAGGCUGUCACUGUGGAGAACAGCAUGAUCAUCAACGUGCUGGAAUGUGGCUCACAGCAAGUGUCAGACUUGACCCUGAAUUUGGAUGAUUAUAUUGAUUCAGAACACCUGGGUGACUUCCACAGGGCCUACAAGAACAGCGAGGAACUUCGGUCCCGUAUCACAACUGGAAUCAUCACACCUAUCCAUGAGUCCUGGGACAAGGCCAGUGUGAGCAGUCCCCACCGGGAGUUUCCCCCUGCCACUGCCAGAGAGGUGGACCCACUUCGGAUUCACCCACACCACCCCCACACUGGCCGGCAGCCUCCCUGGUGUGAUCCCCUGGGCCCGUUUGCUGUCGGGGGAGAGGACCUCGACCCCUUUGGGUGCCGGAGAGGCGGCAUGAUAGUGGACCCCCUGCGAUCUGGCUUCCCGAGAGCACUUAUCGACCCAUCCUCUGGUCUCCCCAACCGGCUUCCUCCAGGCGCUGUACCACCCGGAGCCCGCUUUGACCCCUUUGGGCCCACUGGCACUAGCCCAUCCGGACCUAACCCAGAUCACCUGCCCCCACCGGGCUAUGACGACAUGUUCCUGUGAAGGCCUCAAGAAUGUAACAGCCCAGCAUUCCUUCCACUCUCCUGGAGCCGCUGCCACCGGCCGCCUCAGCACUCGUGUCCUGGUGGGCUGGGGUUGCCUCCCCACCCCCGAUCAGAGCCAAGACACCCGCUGCCACGUGCCACCUGGCUGCACCUAGGUCCCAGAGAGAGAUCCUGCAUCUCACUAGGCGCCAGCUCCUCCCCACUCCCCAUGGGAGAACUCUGGCAGCAGUAUGCCCUCUACCCGAAGUGAUCCUGGUUGCAGCGCUAUAAGAACAGAACGCAUUUUGGAUGCUAUUAUUAAGAACCAAAUGUCAAUACAGAAAUCGUGUUGCCGGUC